ACCAAGGCAAAGUCAUAGUUUCUAUCCUUUUUGUUCUCCAUUGCAGUGAGCACCACAGGGAAACAGGUUUUCAAGGAGGAGAAUGAAUGGGACAGCCAUUGAAAAUUUUGUCUGUGUCAUUUUUAAUGUUUCCUUCAUGAACUGCACCUGGCAUGUGGGCAGGUCUGCUACAGAAGACACACAAUAUUUCCUGUACUGGAGGCCCCCAAAGAAAGAAGAUGUCACAGAAUGCCAAGAUUAUAUCAAAGAUAACUAUGGCAGGCACACAGGAUGUCGAUUUCAAAACGUGGCAAUAGAAAAUAAUGCUUAUUUCCUGGUAAAUGGGUCCAGCAGUGAAAAAAGCAUUCAGCCAUAUGAGAAGACAAUGCAGCUAUACAAAAUUGAAAAACUCACCCCUCCACUAAAUGUCACAGUGAAUUGUACAGAAGCUUCUCACAGAUGUAGUAUUUGGUGGCAACCACCUCGCACAAGUCAUGUGAAAAGAAAAAGUUGUUUCAAAUAUGAAAUUGUCAUAGAAAGCAAGGCUGAUGCUGAGAAAAACACCAAACCCACAUCUGAAACAAAAGCAAUCAUUGAAAAGAACUCCUACCUAUAUGAAAGCUUCAGCUCAGGAAAAAGGUACAGCAUCAAAAUCAGAGCAACAGAUGCAGGCUUCUGUUUAGUAAGCCCAAACUGGGGAGAGUGGAGCACACCUGUGGAGUUUGGAACACAACAGUUCACAUCCACUUCAUCAUAUAUGCUGUUUCUGAUACCAGGGCUGGCAGUAGGUCUCAUACUUUUCCUCUGCAUGACAGUAAGGGCUUAUUUGAAAAAAACAUCUGCUAGAGUACCACAGCCAAGAGACCCAUUCCGUGAGCUCUCCCCAGUGGACUUACAGACAGAAGAUAUGAAUCUAUUAAAAAAACAAGGAGCUGAAGAAAUAAUGGAUAUUGAAGAAGUGAUGGAAUCCAAGUGAAAUGAGCAACUUGAUUCUUUUCAAGCUCAUAUACCUUGUUGGCAAAAAUUAACAGAUUUUCAUAUUCUGUCACUCCUGGAAGCAGGAAGAGCAUUGACUGUAGAGACAAUUGCCCAAAAUCUAUAUAAAUAUAAAAUAUAAU